GGCGAUGAAUCAUGCCAACUCAAGCGAUUGCCACAUGACCCAACAAGAAACGAUGUAACGCCCGAGAAAUACAUAUAUUUCAUUCCACCACGUUACACCGGCACACAUAGGCCUUAAGCCUUUCUCUAACUCAAUACAUCUCCUAAAUAUAUAUAUAUAUAUAUCAACCUCAUAUACAAUAACCCCAAUCAAUACAAUCAUCACAUUUAAUCCUCAAACAUCAUUCAACCAUAUUUUAACAACCUUAGCAAUAGAUCUAUGUCUUUCACACAUCAAGCAUCAAGAUAUUUAUAUAUAUAUCAUAUAGAUAGUUAUUUAUAUUCAUAGAUCUAUAGAAAAUAACAAGUAGGGAUGAAUGAUCGACCUAGACACUUCUUCCAUGAUGAGAUAAUGAUAGAAGGAGAUAGAGAUUGCAACAAGCCCUCACCUUGGCCUUAGAUCUGAGAAUGGAAAAGAGAGUAGAACCAGAUCUGAAGCUUAUGGCUUUCCACAAACCAGAUCUACAAAUAAACGGGUAGGUGCUACCAUCAAAGACCCGGGAUAAGAGAUCUAAGAGGAGGAAUAGAAAGGAGAAGAAAAAAAUGACACUAGGGUUCCUUACCUCACCAGUGACCAGAUCUAGAAAGAAGACAUGGAGAGAUUUGGACAUAGAAAUAGAUCGGUUCAUCGGGGAUCUCCAACGGCUUGGCUCCAGCCUUCAGCAAACGCCGAACAUCAGGGAGAGAGAAAGAGAGAGAGAGAGACGCAGGCGAGAGAGAAGAGAAAAGAGAAACCUUAGCGGCUAGGGUUUACAGAUCUCUCUGGAACUCUGUAGGGCUUCACUCUGAUUUUUAAAUGGGAGAGAAGAGAAGUGGAUGACUUUUAUUUAUAAGAAAAUGAGGUGAAAACCCUAGGGUUUACUACGCGGGCCAGAAAUAAAAGAGAAAAAAUUGAUGAGCUUUGAUCCAAAUCAAGUUAAUUAAUAAGAAAACAAAACCAUUUCGGUUUAGAACCGGGAUGUGACAACUCUACCCCACUUAACUGGGAAUUCGCCCCGAAUUCCGAACGGAGCAAGGGGAAAACUCAACCAUUAAGUAAGAGAUUUGGAACUUGUUCGAUUCAUAUUGGUGUGAGUCGAGACUGACCCUUUAGGUUAGGACUAGAGAGUCUUUCCUGGGCUCUAAUACCACUUGUGACACCCCCAACCCAGCAUAGCUGAAAUGGUCGGCAAUAUCAUGACACUUGUCUGCAGCCACAAGGCCAAAACAAUGUGUCUUUAGGAUUCCAUGACGUCUUUGACAAAAGCCCACCAAUAUAAACCGAACCUGAAAUGAAAAGGGAAGGAGGGGUGAGCACUUCGACAAAAACUCAGUGAGGGAAGCUCUAAGAGCCCCGAAAUCAAUCACCAACAAUCAUAACACACCAUAGCAUAAGUAUCUAACUUUAACAUUCAGUAAAUCGAAAGCAAUCAACAAGAAACGAGGAUAAUCCCCGGUGGUGCCAACAAUGAGACCACGCCACCUAAAUCGGUACCCGCGUUCCUCAUGUUGUCGCACGAGAACUUUCAUGUUGUGUUGUCUCCACGACAUCACGCUGUCUCACGCCUUCACGCAAUCAAGUUACCGACACCGGUUCACGCUUGAUCCGCCACCAUGUUCAUAUGUUCCAUGUUGUCUCCACGACAUAACGCUUCUACGUUACUUCAUUUACAGGCACGCCGCAUGCCCGCUCCGGCAAUGAAUCAUGCCAACUCAAGCGAUUGCCACAUGACCCAACAAGAAAUGAUGUAACGCCCGAGACAUACAUAUAUGUCAUUCCACCACGUUACACCGGCACACAUAGGCCUUAAGCCUUUCUCUAACUCAAUAUAUCUCCCAAAUAUAUAUAUAUAUAUAUAUAUAUAUAUAUAUAUAUAUAUAUAUAUAUAUAUAUAUAUAUAUAUAUCAUCCUCAUAUACAAUAACCCCAAUCAAUACAAUCAUCACAUUUAAUCUUCAAACACCAUUCAACCAUAUUUUAACAACCUUAGCAAUGGAUCUAUGUCUUUCACACAUCAAGCAUCAAGAUAUUUAUAUAUAUCAUAUAGAUAGUUAUUUAUAUUCAUAGAUCUAUAGAAAAUAACAAGUAGGGAUGAAUGAUCGACCUAGACACUUCUCUUACCAGUGACCAGAUCUAAAAAGAAGACAUGGAGAGAUCUGGACAUAGAAUUAGAUCGGUUCAUAGGGGAUCUCCAACGGCUUGGCUCCAGCCUUCAGCAAACGGCGAACAUCAAGGAGAGAGAGAGAAAGAGACGCAGGCGAGAGAGAACAAGAGAGAAGAGAAAAGAGAAACCUUAGCGGCUAGGAUUUACAGAUCUCUCUGGAACUCUGUAGGGCUUCGCUCUGAUUUCUAAAUGGGAGAGAAGAAAAGUGGAUGACUUUUAUUUAUAAGAAAAUGAGGUGAAAACCCUAGGGUUUACUACGCAGACCAGAAGUAAAAGAAAAAGACUUGAUGGGCUUUGGUCCAAAUCAAGUUAAUUAAUAAGAAAACAAAACCAUUCCAGUUUGGGAGAAUCGGGAUGUGACAAUGGAUCUACCAUUACCAUUGAACUUACAAUGUGAUCGUGAGUGUUCUUAUCAAACUUUUUUUAAGAACACUUAAUUAAUAAACUAGCAUUGGUGUACAAAAUUUAGGUGUUUCUUAACUAAAGUUCUUAUCAACAUUUAAUUAAUAAAAUAAUUAUUAAAAGACUCUAAUGGGGUUUAUAGAUUAAUUAUGUUCUGCAUGAUGGGAGUUCUUAUGGUAAAGUUUUUAACGAAUAUAAUAAAUUAUUUCUUAACUUUUAAUUAAAAGAAUUGAGAACAUCUUAUUUAAGAACUGAUUUUUUGUAUUUUUACUUAAAAGUUAAGAGAAUGUUUUUUAUGUUAAGCUAAAAAUUCUGUGCUAAAAAUCUUCUAUUAACAAUGCUCUUAGAUUACAGUACUUAUUUGCUGGUAUUUUUUUUCCUUCAGGAACGUAAAUUUACUUUUAUUGUUUAGGGCAUCUAGAACGUUGGCACGACACUGCUUAUGAAUUAUGAUUAGCAUCAAACACGUUGUCUAUCUCACACGUAUUAUCUUAUAAAUUUUGGAAAGGUAAUAUCACCGCCGAACCACCGCUCCACUAGGCCAUUCUUCACAUCCGAUUGACUGGAUUCUCUCUGAGGUAGUGUAUAUUUUAGAAAAAAAUAAGGAAUGAGACAGAAAGUUACACUCGAGGACAAGAGUAACUUCAAGGUGUCACUGAUUUUCCGAACAUCUAUAUCUCCUAGUAGUUCUCACGAUUAGUUAUUACUUUCCUAUUUAAAAUUUUUGUUUUCCUCCCAUCCUUUGUAAAAUUCUAUUUCUGGAAAAGGAAAAAAAAUAGCAUCAAUCAAAAGUAUUCGGCACUUUUUGUCUGUUUUCUUCAUUUUCUCAUCUAAAAGCUAUCGAGAGUAAAGAGAGAUACCGACCAGAUCUCAUUUGCUUCGCCAGAACAGAGUAGACAAACCAAAGUAGCAGCCAUGUUGACAAAGUUCGAUCCAACAAACCAAAAAGCGUGUCUGUCUCUGCUUGAGGAUAUCACCAGUAACGCAAAUCAGAUUCAAGAUUCCGUUUUGGAAGCAAUACUUACACGUAAUGCUCACACCGAGUACCUUAGAGGUUUCCUCAAUGGUCAAGUAGAUAAGCAAAGCUUCAAGAACAACCUACCCGUUGUGACCUACGAAGAUUAUCAUUCUUAUAUUGAUCGUAUCGCUAAUGGAGAGCCCUUUGAUCUCAUCUGUGAUCGACCCAUUAUUGUUCUCUUGGCCAGCUCAGGUACUUCAGGAGGAGUUCCAAAAUUGAUACCUUUCACUGCAGAGGAAUUAGAACAAAGGAUGUUGUUUAUGUCUCUCUAUAGACCUAUACUCUUCAAGCACAUCGAAGGGCGUAGUGAAGAAAAAUCUCUCAUGUUUUAUUUUGUGACUAAAGAAAGCGAAACAGCGUCUGGAUUGAUGGUUAGGACUAUGAUAACUUGUGUUUUGAAAAGCGUGACCCCAGCCAACAAAUUUAUCUGGGAUCAAGGGCAUAUAAGCCCACUUGAAAUUUCGACUUGUGAAGACACUACUCAGAGCAUGUACUGCCAAUUGCUAUGUGGGCUGUUAGAACGAGGAAAUGUAUCUCGCCUUGGUGCACCAUUUGCUUCUACCUUCCUCAAAGUAAUCAGGUUCUUGGAAAAUCACUGGAGUGAGUUAUGCUCAAACAUAAGGACAGGCCGUGUCAGCGACUGGAUCACAGAUGCUAACUGUGUUUCAGGGAUCGGUAAGUUCCUCGAGGCUCCAAAUCCAGAACUAGCGAGCCUAAUCGAGCAGGAAUGCAGUAAAACAUCGUGGGAGGCAAUAGUGAGGAGACUAUGGCCUAAUGCAAAGUGCAUCGAAGCCGUAGUUACCGGGUCCAUGGCACAGUAUAUACCCAUGAUGGAAUUCUAUUGUGGCGGUCUUCCUUUAAUUUCAACGUUUUAUGUCAGCUCUGAAUGUUCCGUAGGUCUCAAUUUAGAUCCUCUGAGCAAGCCUUGUGAUGUGUCUUACACCACCAUCCCAAGUAUGGCAUACUUUGAGUUCUUUGAGAUCAAGAAAUACCAUCAAGAAACUGGUCAUGAUCCCGUGGUCGUCGAUCUUGUUGAUGUUAAAGUUGGACAUGAUUAUGAACCUGUUAUAACAACGUUUUCUGGUCUUUAUAGAUACCGUUUGGGGGACGUUUUACGAGUAACGGGUUUCUACAACAAUGCGCCACAGUUUCGUUUCGUGGGAAGACAAAAAGUUGUUCUGAGCAUCGACAUGGACAAGACAUACGAAGAAGAUCUCCUCAAGGCAGUGGCAAAUGCUAAGCUCUUACUUGAGCCACAUGAACUAAUGCUCAUUGAUUUCACUAGUCGUGUCGAUUCCUCCUCGUUUCCAGGACACUACGUGCUCUAUUGGGAACUCGGGUGUAAAGUCAAGGACGUGAAGGUCGAGCCCGACCCUGAGGUUAUGGAGGAAUGCUGUUUCGCCGUGGAGGAAUGCUGUUUCGCCGUGGAGGAAUGUCUUGACUCGGUGUACAGAAAUGGACGAAGGAAUGAUAAGAACAUUGGACCGCUUGAGAUUAAGGUUGUUAGGAGUGGCGCCUUUGAUGAGCUUAUGAGUUUCUUCGUGUCUCGUGGCUCUUCUGUGAGUCAGUUCAAGACUCCAAGGUCGUUGACUAAUGAAGAGGCCUUGAAGAUAUUGGAGGCGACAGUUGUUUCCAAGUUUGUUAGCAGGAAGGUUCCGUCGUGGGAGCUACAUGAGCUGCAUUCCAGCCGAUAAAACCAAACCCCCGUUACAAUUACGUAAUCGAAUAUAAUAAGUGUUAUCUUAGUCGUUGUUGAGUCAUGUUCUGUAAUCGUCCUUUUUCUUUGUUGUUAAGACAAUCUUCUAUAAAUCGUUUUAGACCAUAACAACUUUUAACGGAUCUUUUACCAAAAUAUCAUAACAUAAUAUAUAUAUUUAUUCUUUUUUUUUUAGAAUUGGCAUACAAAUUUUAAAUAUUUAUACUUAUUGUAAUCUUAGAUAUAAGCUAUUGAACUGUUUGAUUUUAGAAAUGCAAUUAAGUACUAUUAGCUAAAUUUAAGAGGUUUAUAAGACAAAUAAUUGUUAAACUAAGUAUUUAUAUUUGUAUUAAAAACAGGAUCUGGUCUGGAAAUCUGAAGUACACUCAUCACUUCAAAGGCAGUGUAAGAGAACAAGCCUUAACUUAGUAACAAACAGUCUCAAGCGAUUCACGUUUACAAAGUGGAAAAGAGAUACUGAUCAGCCCUUCAAACUCUCUUACUCACUCACUCACUGUUUGUGGACUCACUAUAUAACAUAACAACAAAGCUGCAUUUCAUAA